AUGUACAAGUGGGGACAAAUUGAGCCGGUAUUGGACAAAUUAUGCUAUGAUUCCCAGCUCUUAGUUAGGACGCCGGUGUUGAAGAGUAUACAUGAACAGCUGCAGGGUGGACAUGUCAAAGAGACGGAGCAACUGGACAGGAUUUCUAAUUGCAUGCUGAAGACAUAUGCGAUUUAUCAAGAUGCAGAAUCCAAGGGGGCUGUGAGGCAAAUCCUCGAGCAAGUACUGAGGAUGGAGCCCGUCCGGCUUGACACAUAUCUGAAGUUCAUUAGCGGCGAGGUCGGUAGCAAGCUGGGAACCAAGGCCUUUGCGGACUACAUGUGCUUCCUGGAGUGGCUUCACAUGUUUCUCGUUUUCACUUCCUCCAGCAGCUCCAUGUUCCAUGAAUACGCGCGGCCACUGGUGCAGUUACAUUGUAGUGUAACAAGUGGCAUUGAACUGGGGUUGGACAACCAGGAGCGCGGCAUGAGGGCGGCUUCUAAACAGAAUCAGCACAGACGGAGGAUCCGGAAGUCCCUGUUGCAGAGCUCGACCAAGGCACUUGUGAAAGUCCUCGAGGCGGACGAGGAGUACAAGUAUGCUGCCCUGAUAUCCGAGACUUUGGUGAGCCAACACGCCCAGUUGAAGCUACACCCAUGCGGUGUUGUGAUUCUAACGGGGGCGCUGGUGAACUCCAUAAUGCGACUUGUACCGCGCCAGCCGGCACAUUUUAAUGUUUUCCAGGGUUACGUUGACAAGUUCGGGGAGUACCUAGGUGCCGAGGUAAUGUUGGGCAAGAAUCCACCUACUGUGUUUUGCGUAGAAGUUGCGUUGCCCACCUUUCUGCAUGAAUUUGUAGACAAAGAAUUCAUGGUGAAGUACUUCGUGCCAAGCAUGGAGAAGUGUAACCUGCGUUCGCCGGAAAUGUCUUUCGGCCUUGCUGCGGAGAUAUACAAGCUAACCAACCCAAAUAGCAUUGAUCUGAUGAGCGUAUUUGUGAGCUCCAAGUUAAUGUCACAGACGCUUUCCGCAUACAAAAGCACCAAAGAGGCUGUUCGCGAGGCGACUCUAAAUGCUACCCGUGAACUGCUUAACUCAUUGACCAAAGAAACAUGCGACCAGGAUGCGCUCCAGCAGUUUGUUGCCGAACUCUUUAAGAGCAUGAAGUCAAACAUGCAUGUUGACUAUAAAUCGACUGUUGCCCGGAUUUUAACUUGGGUACCCACCUUUUCUGAACUUGUAUCAAAUAAGAUCCUGGAAGGCAUACAUACUUAUGUCAUUAAGGAAUCGAAUGAAGCUGCUCUUUCUUUGAUGUUAGAUGCUUUUCUUACUCACCUCGGAGCGGUAUCCGUGGCUGCUGAUACUUACCUAGCGUCAUUGGGAAAAGGUUUUCAGGAAAAGAAGCUGCCUAUCAGAAAGCUAUGGCUUGUAUCCUUUCUCUCCAAUGUUGAGUGUUUGCCGGCCCCAAUAAUAGAGCGUUUUGAAGAGCCACUCCUUGAGUUUGCCAAUGAGGUACUUUCUAAACCUUCUAAGAUGGGACCUAUGCCACUCGUGGGUCUACUUUCAUUUUGGUACCGCCUUCACGAGCUACAACUUGAUCACUUCGAGGCAAAGUUUUUGACGGCGGUCCAGAAUGCUACAUCUGAGGAAUUUACUUCAAGCUGUCUAGGUUUCACGUGGGUGUACACCACCUUGUCGAGAGUUUUGCCAGCAGAGUCUCGUCUUCGGGCCGUUCAUAUAUUAGAGAAGUUGUUUCCGUCGUACCCCAAAUUGAUAGGAAAUUCAAUUAUAGAAGCCUGCAAAGAACUUUUCUCUGAUAAUUCCUUAACUCAGGUGAAAGAAAGCCUUUCUUUCCGCUACUCUACUCCAGUCUUUGCUGCUCUUUCACAGAACAUCGCCGAAAGAGAUGCUUUGGAAGUUGUCCUUAUUAAUAUGCUGAUAGUUACACAGUGCAGUGAGCUUCCUAUUAAACAGACUUGGGCAGAGUUAGUUAUGAAUGCAAAGUUUGAUCCGAGCCGACUUGUUGAGAAAUUUGCCAAAAAUAUCACGGAUGAAGCCAAUAAGAUCAUGCUAAACCCCUUGCUGCAUGAUACCAAGCUGGGAGUUGCUGCUGCUAAUGCUGUGGCAUAUUCAGCAUUUAUAAACCCUGAAGCGAUGGCUCCUUUAUUGAGUGAUAUCAUUUCAUAUGGUCUCGAUGACAUGCAGUUAGCACGUUUAUCCAGUACGGAUAUAGAGAUAUGGCGCGGUCAGGAUGACCAACUAGUGGUAAAUGUACUAGAAAAGAGUAACAAUAAACAGACAAUCUCCAAAAAUUCCAAGGACUACGAGACUCUCAAAUGGGAAGAAAGCAUUAGAAAGAAACAACAAAUCAAAUCUGGUUCUACCAAAAAACUAACCAAGGAAGAGCAGAUACUUGUUAAUCAACAGCUUGAGAAGGAAAAAUCCAUAAGGGCGCACGUUAAUAACUGCCGUCUAUCUAUCAAACGUUCCAUCCAACUGAUUUCUGUCUUGACUAGAGGUGCUGCCCAAAUUAACAAUGGGGCUGGUACCUGGUAUCCAAUUGCUGUUAACAAGCUACUUGACAUCUUGCAUCAGGAAAGGUUUAUGGAGAUAGUUGGCUCAUCUGGAACAGAAACAUUCUUGCAAUUGUCCACGUUGGUGACGAAUUCUAUGGGCACUAUGAGAUACAUGCUCGGUGUUGCCACCUUGCGCACAUGCCAGAUCCCACUUCAGGCUGAUCUACAGGAAUCCUCUUUGUCGGAUCUCAUUUCCACUGUGCUAUUCAAAGCGAAGUUUGCUUCCGACAAGAAGCCAUUUGAUGCAACUUCGUUGGCCUAUAUUCUCCCACUAUUAAUAAGGGUUCUGGAAGAGGGGAAGAGGGUUGCAGUUCUUCGCGCUGAUAAACCUAUUGGCAACACCGAAUUCGUGGAGGAAGACAAAGAAGAAGAACAUUUACUUUUGGCAUUAGAGAUUAUCUCUUCUCAUGCAGAAGCUUUCUUAGAUCCUUCCAUUCCUAGGGGUUGCAUCGUUGGGGUUCUUUUAAUGCUCUUAGCUGUACCAUCCAAGGCCAAACUAGCAAAAGACUGUUUCAUGUCUCUAUGCAGAAACAUAUCCAUGUCACCAUCGAAGGAUGAUAUUAAGCUGCUUUUGGAAAACCUGAUGUCUUCAAAUAGUUUUGUGAGAGGCACAAUACUUGAAGCACUUGAUGAUGAGUUUGAACUACACCCUUUCAUGGAUUCUUCUCCUGAGUUGUUCAUAUGCAUGCAUGAUGAGGAUACAUCUAAUAGUGAAGUGGCCGAGUUUAUUUGGGAAUUCAAUAAUUUCAAAGUCAGUGAGGGUAUGCUAGUCGACCUUUUAAAGUUUUUUGAUCAGAGUGACAGUGGACUACGUCUCUUUGUUGCUAAAUCAUUCACGGCGGCUGUUUUAUCCCUAAUGCAAGAGAGUACAGAUUUAUUUGUUCGGGCACUAAAUAUGCUAAUUGACUUAUAUUCCACGAAAGCUCGUCCUGCAGAGGCCGUUUUGGAUGAAUUUGGACUUGUUGCUGUGGCUGCAUCCGAACAAAAAGACCCAUGGCAAGAGAGAAGCACAAUUGCUAUCACUUUCAAGCACAUGGCUCAUCUAUUCAGUGACAACAACGAUAUUCUCACGUUUGUUAAAUUCUUGGCAGAGAGUGGUCCGUUGGGCGACGUAAAUGAUUUGGUGCGGCAAGAAAUGAAGGAAGCUGGUAUUGAAGUCAUUAAGUUACAUGGAGCCAAAACCAUUGAAGACUUAAUUCCUAUAUUUGAAUCUUCAUUGUCAUCAGCCUCUGAUAUAACGGUGAAGCAGAAUGUUAUAAUAUUAUAUGGGUCACUUGCAAGACAUUUGAACGUGGCAGAUCCAAGAUUGAAUAUUAUUGUUGAGAGGCUAUUGGUAACUCUUGACACACCUAGCGAGGAUGUUCAGCAUGCUGCCGCUGUUUGCAUUUCUCCUCUUGUACCGCUAUUCCAGGAAAGAGUUGGAACUUACGUCGAGGCUUUAUUUAUGAAGCUGUUUGAUUCGACUCUAUCAGAUUCGACCAGACGCGGCGCAGCCUGGGGCAUCGCUGGGUUAGUUAAAGGCUAUGGUAUCUCGGCGUUGUCCAAGUUUGACAUUAUUCGGAAUCUCGCUGAGGUUUCCGAGGACAAGAAAGAUCCGAAGCGCCGUGAAUCUGUGGCAUAUGCCUUUGAAUGCUUAUCCAAGUCCUUGAAUAAAUUUUUUGAGCCUUACGUUAUAGAAGUUCUUCCAAAUAUAUUAAAGAAUCUCGGUGAUUCGGUUCCUGAGGUUCGCUCCGCCACCGCAGAGGCUACUAAAUCCAUUAUGUCACAUACGACCAGUUAUGGUGUGAAGAAGUUAAUACCGGUAGCAAUAUCCAAUUUGGAUGACAUGUCUUGGAGAACUAAAAGGGGAUCUGUUGAACUACUCGGUAAUAUGGCUUACUUAGACCCUACACAAUUAUCUGCUUCUCUGUCAAUCAUUGUGCCUGAAAUAGUUGGUGUAUUAAAUGACUCUCACAAAGAGGUUAGAAAGGCAGCAGACCAAGCUCUGAAGAGAUUUGGAGAAGUUAUCCGGAAUCCAGAAAUUCAGAAGCUGGUGCCUACAUUGAUUAAGGCCAUUGGUGAUCCAACUGCACAUACCGAGGCUGCUUUGGAUGCGUUGAUCCAGACCCAGUUCCGGCACUACAUCGAUGGUCCAUCCUUGGCCCUUAUCAUCCACGUGAUACACCGUGGUAUGCGUGAUCGGUCUGCAAAUACCAAACGGAAAGCAUGUAAGAUUGUUGGUAAUAUGGCCAUUUUGGUGGACACCAAAGAUUUGGUUCCAUAUCUACAGCAGCUGAUAGAUGAGGUGGAAGUAGCAAUGGUGGAUCCAGUUCCGCAAACACGUGCUACAGCUGCGCGUGCGCUAGGUGCCUUGGUUGAAAGACUGGGAGAGGAUCAAUUCCCUGACUUGAUCCCUCGUCUGCUCUCAACUCUAAGUGAUGAUUCUAAAUCGGGAGACCGUCUGGGUUCCGCUCAAGCAUUGGCGGAAGUGAUCAGUGGAUUAGGCUUGUCUAAGCUUGAUGAAUUACUACCUACCAUUCUCAAUGGUGUUACAAGUUAUCGCGCUUAUAUCCGCGAGGGGUUCAUGCCUUUAUUACUAUUCUUACCUGUUUGCUUUGGGUCUCAAUUUGCUCCUUAUAUCAAUCAAAUUAUUCAGCCCAUUCUUUCAGGGUUGGCAGACAGUGAUGAGAAUAUAAGAGAUGUGGCAUUUAAGGCCGGUAAAUUGAUCGUCAAGAACUACGCAAAGAAAGCCAUCGAUUUGCUGUUACCAGAACUUGAGAGAGGAAUGUUUGAUGAGAAUGAACGUAUCCGUCUAUCUUCUGUGCAGUUAUCCGGUGACUUAUUAUUCCAAGUCACAGGAAUUUCCGCCCAUAAUGAGUUUUCUGAGGAAGAUGCGGAUGCUGAACAUGAACUCAGUGGACAGAUGGUUGAAGUACUUGGGGAGGAACGCCGCGAUAGAAUAUUGUCUGCAUUGUUCAUCUGUCGUAAUGACAGCUCCGGUAUCGUGCGUGCGACAACUAUUGAUAUAUGGAAGGCCUUGGUUCCAAAUACUCCUCGUACGAUCAAAGAUAUUUUACCCACGCUUACAAGCCUUGUUGUUGUUCAUUUGGCUUCUUCGUCCAGUACUUUGCGUCACAUAGCAGCCCAAUCACUUGGGGAUUUAGUCCGCCGGGUUGGAGGCAACGCAUUGUCACAGCUAUUGGGAUCACUGGACGCCUCAUUGCAAACCAACAGCGAUCAAAAUUCAAGACAGGGUGUCUGUAUUGCCUUGCGUGAAUUAAUCAGCUCUUCUAAUGUGGAUUCCUUAAUGGAAUUUGAAGACACAAUUGUGAAUAUCCUCCGGAACACGCUAGUUGAUGAAUCAGAGUCGGUCCGCGAAUCAGCUGCUCUGUCUUUCGAUAAAUAUCAGGAUGCUGUCGGCAGAGUAGCGAUUGAUAAAGUUAUUCCCUACUUGCUCAAUAUCUUGGAGUCAUCAGAAAAUUCUGAGUAUGCAUUGCUAGCACUGCAAGAGAUUAUAUCCACGAAAUCCGAGGUGAUCUUCCCUAUUUUGAUUCCAUCUCUACUCGCACCUCCUAUGGAUGCGUUUAAAGCGCGUGCUAUGGGGUCGCUUGCUGAGGUAGCCGGUGUUGCUCUCUAUAAGCGUCUCUCUGCGAUCAUUAACGCUUUGGUGAACGCUAUGAUUGAUCCAGAAGUGGAUGAGACUGCUAAAGAAUCUAUUAUCAACGCCAUUGAUAAAGUUCUAUCUUCAGUGUCCAGUGAGGACGGUGUUCAUCCGUUAUUGCAGCAGAUAAUGGCAUUACUAAAGCAUGCUAAUAUUGAGAAGCGUGUUGUAACCCUAGGUCGUCUGCCAACUUUCUUCAAGAACACUGUUCUAGAUUACAGCAUUUACACUGCAGACAUUGUUUCACAAGCUAUAUUAUCUCUCGAUGCUGAUGAUGAGAGAAUUGUUAAGGGCAAUUUUGAAAUGCUUUCUACCUUGGUGAAACUACAGGACAAGCAGAUGCUAGAGAGACUGGUGAAACCAUCGUUACAAGCUUUGCAGUUGACUGGCAAGCCAGGCGAGGAUCUAAUGGCAUUCUCCCUACCAAAUGGGCCCAAUUGUAUAUUGCCGAUCUUCCUACAGGGACUGGUUUACGGAUCCAGCGAAGAUCGGGAGAGUUCAGCUCUUGGUAUUGCCGACAUUGUGUCGAAAACACCAGCUGCAAACUUGAGGCCAUAUGUCACUGUCAUCACAGGUCCACUUAUCCGUGUUGUUGGCGAAAGGUCUAGCAGUGAUAUUAAGGCUGCUAUCCUAUAUGCCCUAAAUGUUCUCUUUUCGAAGGUUCCACAAUUCCUGCGGCCAUUCAUACCUCAACUACAGAGAACAUUUGUUAAAUCUCUUUCCGACUCAACCAAUGAGACCUUAAGAUUGCGGGCCGCGAAGGCACUAGGUACUUUGAUACAAUAUCAACCAAGAAUUGACCCUCUGGUGGUGGAGCUAGUAACAGGCGCUCAGCAGGCCACUGAAAGGGGAGUAAGGACGGCUAUCUUGAAGGCAUUGUUGGAAGUUGUCUCCAAAGCUGGCAGCAAGAUAAGCGAAGCUUCCAAAGCUAACAUCAUUAGACUUGUGGAGCAAGAGAUGGCAUCCACAGACAGCAAGUUUGCAGUCGCUUACGCCAAGCUUCUAGGUGCACUUUCUGAAAUCAUGUCUCCGGAGGAGGCGCAGACCAUACUUCACGAAAAGGUGCUUGAAUCAAAUUUUGAAGAUGCGACAGGUAGAUUUGCGGUUCUGACACUCAACUCUAUUCUACGUGACGCGCCUGUACAUGUCUUCACAGCCGAUCUCAACCAAUAUGUUGACUUCUUGGUUGCUGCAACGGAUUCCUCAAAUCCAUUCAUCAGCGACAACGGUAUUGUCGCUGUCGGUAAGUUGCUGCUUCUGAAUGGAGAGGUGAAGUCUCCUCAUUCGAAAGUGGCAGCAGAAGAGCCAUUCACUCUGGAAGAAGAGCAAAUCGUUAAGCUGAUUUCCCAGCUUGCACGCUGCAUGCUACGACCACGCAGUAGUUCUCUUGACUCACGGUUCCUCUCACUAGUGGUGGUUCGUACACUCUGCAGGUACCAGUAUGCCUCCUGCAUUGCACCCCAUCUGACCCUAUUGGCUGCUUCUACCUUUGCCUGCUUGCGUGACACUGUUAUACCUGUUAAGCUGUCUUCAGAGAAGGCCUACUUGGCCAUGUUCCGUUUGGUUGAUGAGAAAGACAUGGAUACCUUUAAUGCUUGGAGUUCGGGAACCCUUCCCGACCCAUUACCGACUGCUGUUGGAACCACUGUCGCCCUCCGUUCCAUCACUGACUACACCCGCCGUGUGGGCGCUAGGCUAGCGAAGGUCGAGCGUGACCGUAUCGCAGCCGGUGGUGACGCAGAGACCAUGUUUUCCGAUCGCUACGAAGACGAGAGUGAAAUCUGGGCUGUCGGCGGUGUCGAUCUUAACACUGAUGUUUAA